AGGUGUCAAACACAAGGCCCAGGGGCCAAAUCUGGCCCUCCAAGCCAAUUCAUGUGGCCCUUGCACCUCUCCUGCAGGUACCCCCUUGUCUCUGCCCCCACCUUGUCUCAGCAGUCGGCAGCAGAGAGGAGAUUAGAUCUCCUCUGCCAAAUCCUGCACCUCUCAGUGCAGCUGCAGCACCCCCUCAUCUCUGCCUCCCCUGGUCUCAGCAUUCAGCAGACUCUGGUAACUGACUCCACUCCUCCUCUGGUCCUCCUUCAGACCCUGCACUUUCUGCUUUCCCGCCCUGCUCCCAAAGGCAGUGCAUGGCGGUGCAUGGUGAUGUUAGGGAGGAAAUCUGAUGUAAUGGGGGUAGUGGGGUGCUCUGAACAU